CCCACAAGCGCGCGCACCGGGGAAGAGGAGGAGUCCCUUUUUGCACCUGGGGAUGGGCGGCAGGGAAAGGGAGGAGCCGUCGCCUCCCUCCUCCUGACCCGAGGCAGAGCAGGAAGAGGAGGGCGUCGCCACCAGAUCAGCCACCCCGGAGGAGUCUCCUCCACGGUCCGGCGACCAGGGAGGAGAGAAACUACCCCCCGCUCCUUGCAGGAUCGCAGGGGGCGCAGAUGCGCGGAGAUGGCUGCGGGUCUCUGGAUCGCUUUCCUGCCUCUGGCCCAACUACUGCUGCUGGCGGCCGUGACCCUGCAGCGCGCAGGUAAGCGGCGAUCGGGCGCCUGCGCCCCACGCGUGUUUUGGGUGGGGUCCGCGUAAGGUGCGCCCGGCGGAUCGGAAGCGGGGAGUUCCUCCCCCCCGGGUGUUAAGGCUUAUCCGAAUCGCGGAGGGCGGGUUGGAGAGGUAACCGGAGAGUCCCGUGGGUAGCGCGUGGGACUCGGGGUCGUGGGUUCGAACCCCGCGUUGGCCGAAAGAGUCCUGCGUCGCGCGGGGUUGGGCUAGAUGCCCAUCGGGGUCCCUUCCAACUCUGCGAGUCUCCGAUUCCACGGAGAAUCGACGUCGCGCCAGCCUGCGCGCCUUGGCAACUUCGUGGCCUUCGCCACCCGUGAGCGCGGGACCCUGGAAAGUUUGAAAGCGAGUUGGUGGGGAGUUCUUUCGUUUCGGAGUUUUCUUUCUUUCCGUCUGAGGAAAGGGAAUCGGGCUGGUCUGGAGAUGGUAUUGAAACUUGAAAGGAGUGCGGAGGAAGUGAACGGGCAUCUCUACUUAUUCGCUCUGCCAAGGAAAACUUUCAUGUCUCCUUUUGGUAGUUGGCGCAGUCGAACUGCGGAACUCGCUGCCACCAGCUUGGGUGGUUUUAAAAGAGGAAAAGGCAGAUCCAUGGAGGACAGGCUGCAUAAGUGGCUGUUAGCCUUGAUGACUGUGCUUUUGCCUCCAUGGUAGGAGACAGUUAUGCUUCUGAAUACCAGUUGCAGAGCAGAAUGCUCUGGUGCUCAGGGCCUGCUUGCCAGUUUCCCAUAUAGGCUGGUUGGUCACUGUUGGACUGGUUGGUCACGGUGAGUACAGGUUGCAGGACUAGAUGGGCCCCUGACCUGAUCCUGCAGGGCUGUUCUUAAACUGCAUAUCCUGAAGCUGAAGUGAUUGGUGGCUGCUAGUGCGUUUGUUUGCUUGUUUUAAUGAAACACUGCAAUAUUUUUCACUUCCACUGUCGUUGCUUUUGGUAUAUCUGUGCUGCUUUGGGCCGACUUAUUAGUGCUGCAGAUGUGAUUAUACCACAGUUCAUGGCUCAAUUGGGUAGAUAAUGCCAAGGUUUGAUCCCCCUAUGGGACAGCUGCCUGUUUCUGUAUUGCGGUGGGUUGGACUAGAUGAUCCUCAGGAUCUCUUCCAACUCUACAAUUCUAUGAUUCUAUGUAUAUACUUCCAGUACUAUCCCUGCAUGUAGCAGCAAAACUGGACGCCUUUAUCUGCCCCGCCUGCAGCGAAACAUGUCUCUCCCAUACCAGUCGCUGUAUCACCGCAGGCGCCAUAACUCUCCAGUGCAGUGUUUGAAACUUCCAUUGUUCUAGGCGCAUUUUGCGACAGGGAAUUUCAUUAGCACAAGCAGUUUCUGAGCUCUGGGUGCCUAAGAUUUUGGAUUAAAACUGCAGAAUGAAAGGAAAGGAGGACUUAUUUCUGCCUCCCCACUUCCAGGACUGGAAGAAGAGACCCUCUUAAGAAUAAUAGGGGGGUGGGCAGGGGAAGGACUGGACCAUGUGAAAAAUGAAUUUUAGCUGCAGUUCAUUCAAUUUCAGCUUUGUAUUCUUGUUACAAAAAAAGUGCACCUAGACAUUGUUGCACCCAUAACUUAGGUUUAAGGUGCCAGACAGUGCCAUUAUCUGGAGGUGCAUGACUGGGGAUUAUUACUGCCUUCACACACUAAUACCGCAUCUUGUAGAAUUCUAUCAGUUAUAUUUUAUCUGCACAAUUGGAAUGAAUUUCAGGAACUAAAAUGCUUUUUUAUGUGCAGAAAAAGAGGUUGGAAUAGGCCAAUAUAUAUGUGGGCUGUCCCUGGAUCAAGUGACUUCUUUACGUUCUCAAAGCUCUUAAUGUAGCUCAAGGUUGUCAUCGGAACUAGCCAGAUGUUCAAGUGAUAAUCAAUCACAGUCAGUCCAUCAUUUGAAAAAUAAGGCUUUUGAGCUGUCUUACGCUGUUGGUGCUGUGGUCCAAACCACUGAGCCCCUUGGGCGUGCCGAUCGGAAGGUCAGCAGUUCGAAUUCCCGGCGACAGGGUGAGCUCCCGUUGCUCAGUCCCAGCUCCUGCCAACCUAGCAGUUCAAAAGCACACCAAAAAGUACACGUAGAUAAAUAGGUACUGCUCCGGCAGGAAGGUAAACGGCGCUUUCGUGUGCUGCUCUGGUUUCGCCAGAAGCGGCUUAGUCAUGCUGGCUACAUGACCUGGAAAAAUUGUCUGUGGACAAACGUCGGCUCCCUUGGCCAGUAAAGCGAGAUGAGUGCUGCAACCCCAGAGUUGUUCGCGACUGGACUUAACUGUCAGGGGUCCUUACUCCAAAAUGGCAACGUGACUUAUUUUAAGGAGAGUAAUCCCUUUUAUGAGAGGGUGAAGCAUAGAGUCCUUCUUAGUUUGUGUGGAGUGACUCCAUGCUUCGAUGUAUCUGCAUGAUGGUUAAAGGUAAAGGGACCCCUGACCAUUAGGUGCAGUCGUGGCCGACUCUGGGGUUGCGGCACUCAUCUCGCUUUAUUGGCCGAGGGUACAGCUUCUGGGUCAUGUGCCCAGCAUGACUAAGCCGCUUCUGGUGAACCAGAGCAGCGCAUGGAAACGCCGGUUACCUUCCCGCCGGAGCGGUACCUAUUUAUCUACUUGCACUUUUGACAUGCUUUCGAACUGCUAGGUUGGCAGGAGCAGGGACCAAGCAACGGGAGCUCACCCCGUCGCGGGGAUUUGAACCGCCGACCUUCUGAUCAGCAAGUCCUAGGCUCUGUGGUUCUGGUGUCAGGAUAUCAUUCUGAUGUUAUUCUGCUGGCACAGUCAGGUUGUGACUGGGGACACUGUUGGUUGGCCAUACUCUUCCAACAGUUUGUCAGAAAGCAGCUUUUUAAGAAGUGUUGCAACACUGACCUAGAAAGUUGUUUGAUCCGAUCCCAACAAUUCUGGUGUUGUCUGUGUAGUAGCUUUGAUGCACUCACACUCGAUAUUUGUGUUGUCAGAGCUUUUUCCCCAAAGCUUUAAUUAUACACAACUUAUGCAAAUGUUACCUCAUUUGAGCGAGUUACUGAUUUGUGAAGGUGUUCCAGACACCAACAGAAAAGUAGUACGUCCAGUUUUUGUCCCGCCACACUUAAGCAUAAUUUAAUUCCCUGCUCCAGAAUACAAGUGGUUUUUCCUUCCAAGCUCCUAAGUCUUCCUUUUUUUGUUAUAAAAAAGAGCAAUCUUCUUACAACAUGCAGCUGAUGUUACUCAUUCCACUAGGCCUCCCUGAGACAAGAGAGGCAGGAAAUAGCAGUUUUUAACUGGCUUCUUCUUAAUGCUAUAUUUGCAUCACUGACGGUUCGGAUGCUAUGCACAAAACAUGAUUGUUAUCCUACACAUUUCAAGUCAAUUUUAUUAGCUCAUUGAGGAAAUCCAUAUUCUUGGUCCUUUAAGAGAAGUGGAGCUUCAAUAAAUCCCCAAAGCCUUUUUACUGAUAAGAAUGGAAUAGGCCCAGUUGGUUUACUGGAUUUGGAUGUCAACAAAUCUAAACAAAGCUACUAAGCUGACCAACAAAAACCAACAAAAAUUCCCUAGAAGUCUUAUCUCUGAAGUUCCAAUACAUCCUGUCCCUGUACUAUAGCGGUAGCAUUACCGGUAGAAACAGGGGUGAUGGUAUGGAAAGGCUCUGUUCUAGAAAACAAAAAGGUGUGAAUGAGUUCUAUUAUUUUGAUCAAGGGAUGGGCUGUACUGUAGGAAGAUUUGUGGCUUGUAGUCAGGCAACAGCAUAGCUGAAUGUUGACUAAAUAUCACCCAGACAGCAUUGGAAGAUAACUCUUGAAUUAUUGUGCAUAAAAGGAAAAAAAAUUCUGAAGGAUGUGACUUAUCUUGCUGGAAGGUUUUGGAUCUUCUCCCUAAUGGUGAUUAAAUAAGAACAUGAAAUCUUGACUAGCUUACACCAAAGGUUCCACAUCCGGCUUCCCAUAGCUGCCUCUGGGAAUCGCACAAGGAAGAAAUGAAGGCUGAAGAAGAAGAAGAAGAAGAAGAAGAAGAAGAAGAAGAGUUUGGAUUUGAUAUCCCGCUUUAUCACUACCUGAAGGAGUCUCAAAGCGGCUAACAUUCUCCUUUCCCUUCCUCCCCCACAAUAAACACUCUGUGAGGUGAGUGGGGCUGAGAGACUUCAAAGAAGUGUGACUAGCCCAAGGUCACCCAGCAGCUGCAUGUGGAGGAGCGGAGACUCGAACCCGGUCCCCCAGAUUACAAAUCUACCGCUCUUAACCACUACAACACACUGGCUCUCAAUGUUUCUCUCCCAACAACUGGCAUUCAGUGAUGUUCUGUUUCCAGACCUGAAGUUUCCACGUAGCCCUCGUGGUUCUAUAGCCCCAACAAACAAACCUUCCAUGAUUUUUGUCUAGUCCCCCUUUGGUGACCAUUGUUGUGCCUUGACUUUAAAGUAAAGGCAAAGGGACCCCUGACCAUUAGGUCCAGUCGUGACCGACUCUGGGGUUGUGGCGCUCAUCUCGCUUUAUUGGCCGAGGGAGCCAGCGUACAGCUUCCGGGUCAUGUGGCCAGCAUGAAUAAGCCGCUUCUGGAGAACCAGAGCAGCGCACGGAAACACUGUUUAGCUUCCCUCUGGAAUGAUACCUAUUUAUCUACUUGCACUUUGAUGUGCUUUCGAACUGCUAGGUGGGCAGGAGCAGGGACCGAGCAACGGGAGCUCACCCCAUCGCGGGGAUUCGAACCGCUGACCUUCUGAUCGGCAAGUCCUAGGCUCUGUGGUUUAACCCACAGCGCCACCCACGUCCCGCCUUGACUUUACUGCUAACCAAUUUCAGUGGACAACCCCCAAGCUCUAGUAUUUUAUGACUGGGAGAAAAACCUCUCCACAUGCUUUCUCCAAGACACGCAACAUUUUAUACACCUCUACCCUGUCACCAUUUUUCCCAGCUAAUUAUCCCCAAAUUUCCUCAUAAGGAUAAUUUUAGUUACCCUUUCUCCCACUUUUUCCAUAUCCUUUUUGAAAUGGGGUGACCAAAACAACACAUGGAUUUGGUUUCUAUAAUGGGAUGAUGAUAUUAGUACUUUUAUUAUUAUUGGGCCUUUUUCUUCUUUUCCCACACAGAAUUCAUUUUUUUCCACAGCUGCCACACGCAGAGUUGCCAUUUUCACACAGGGGCCCACCACAGCCCAGUCGUUACCAGUUCAGACUCCAUUAAUGUAUAUGUGAAGUUGGGGUUGUUGUUUUGUCCCCAUGUGCUUGUGUUGAACUGCACUUACUAUUUUAAUGCCAGUUCAGCCAGUUUGGAGACGUCGUUUCGGAGCUCCUUUUAAUACUUUGUUUUGGUUAACACCCUGAACAAUAUAGUAUCAUCGCCACACUUGAAAUAUCGUGAAUGAAGGUGCCUCACCCUUUUGAUCGCUUUUUUCUGCACCUUUUUCCAGCCCUACAAUAUAUUUUUUGAAAACUGGAAAACCUAUUGUGGCUUUGCUAUUUAUUUACAAACUCAGGUCUAGAGAAAUACAUUAUGAAUCUCUUGGAGACAGCAGCAAUAUUUUAGAAAACAGCAUUAUGCAUAUAUGUAUGGAUCCAGAUUUGCACCGGGGGAGGGGGGAGAAGGGUAUUUCAAAAUCCUUUUGCCCAACCAGGGUGGAUAAAAAUCAAUGAUAAAAAAAACCCGGAUUAUUUUAUUUAAAUUGGAUUUUUAAAAUAAAAGGCUUUUGGAAGAAAAAUCUUUCUAAAGAUAGCUUUCUAUUUAAGUUACAUUAUAGUCCAAAGGCUAUUCAUCAGGAAAUAAGGAUUUGUUUUAAGUUUUUCAUGUGUGUUAAAACUCAGUCUGUUUUUGUUUUUUUUAAAGAAUUGUUUAACCACAUCAGUUAACAAACAUGGAUACAUAUGCUAUAAUGUUAUUGUUUUAGUUAAAUAAAUUGUUUAAAUUGUUAUCAAGGAAAUGAUUAUUUUUCUCCUUCUGAUAAAGUACAGCAGAAAAGGUGUCCAAAUAUAAACAGUUAACUUAUUAAACCUCACAAUAAUUUCAUAAUUAUCCGUCUAUGCAUUUCUAAUAGUAUAACCAAACGAGUAAUUUUUGAUAGAACUGUGAAAACUACUCUGAAAAUUUAUUAUUCCAAAGAUGAAACCUUCAUCUGGUUGUAAAUAUUACGAUUAUACCAGCAAGAAUGAGUCUUUCUGUAAAUAAUAAUAAUAAUAAUAAUAAUAAGUCUUACUGACUAGUGAUUUAAAUCAAUUUGAUUUAAAUAAAAUCCACCCUGGUGCAUAGCAGCCACCAUUCAUGUCAUCAUCAUAAUAAUAAUAAUAAUAAUAAUAAUAAUAAUUUUUUAUUUAUACCCCGCCCUCCCCAGCCAAGGCCGGGCUCAGAGCGGCUUACAAGCAAUAAUAAAAACAAGAUGAAUGAUUACAACUUAAAAACAAAAAUAAAAUACAACAUUAAAAUAAUGGAACAUUAAAAUAUUAAAAUGUAGCCUCAUCGCAGGAGGAGAAGGAAAAGAAAAAAGAAAGAGAGGGAGGUUUGUAAACUCAAAGCUAGACCACUGUAAAGCUCUCUACAGGGAAGUGACCUUUAUAAUGCUUAAACAACAACAGGAAGUUCCGAUCGCCAUGGCCUUACUCCAGAUGUUAGAUAUGUCAUUGGGAGUACAUCCCUAUGGUAUCUACAGUGGUACCUCGGGUUACAUACGCUUCAGGUUACAGACGCUUCAGAUUACAGACUCUGUUAACCCAGAAAUAUUACCUCGGGUUAAGAACUUUGCCUCAGGAUGAGAACAGAAAUCAUGCAGUGGCGGCAGCAGGAGGCCCCAUUAGCUAAAGUGGUGUCUCAGGUUAAGAACAGUUUCAGGUUAAGAACAGACCUCCAGAACGAAUUAAGUUCUUAACCCGAGGUACCACUAUAUUAUUCUUGUUCCCUGUUGUUUUCUGUGUGCUUGUUUAUAUAGCUUGGACUCAACAUUUGUUGCCAUUCCUAAGACAGGAGAAGAGUUCUCUAUCUUAUAUGUACUUAGCUAUGUGCCAAGUUAGGGAUGAGAAGGUCGGUGUGGAGAGGCGUUCUUGAUAAUGCCUCUUUAAUUGCAGAAUAUUACAUCUAGGAGGCUUCAUAAAGUCUGACGGCAAGCAUCUUCUUCAAGACGUGUCAUCUUCAACUAGAUUUUGAUGACUGGUGUGAAUGGUAAGGUGUACCAUGCACAAUUAAUAAGGUUUAGUGUAUUUUGUUUCAACUAGUUUGUUUUCGUUAUCCACUGCAAACAUUUGAGAUGGGCUGAAUUACAAAUCAAAUGAAUACAGUCAUACCUCGGGUUGAAUGUGCUUUGGGUUGAUCGCGUUCGAGUUGCGCUCCGUUACUUCCGGGUUUCGCCACUUGCACAUGCGCAGACGCUCAAAAUAACGUUACGCGUAUGCGCAGAAGCGGCGAAAAGCGCUGCGCGCGCGCGCAGAUGUGCCAUCACUAGUUAUGUUUGCUGCUAGAUGCGAACGGGGCUCCAGAAUUGAUCCCGUUCGUAUCUAGAGGUACCACUGUAAAAGCAUUCCUUAAACUCUUGCAGAACUGGACAGCAGCUCUGUGCAUUUCAGAGAACUUCCCUGGACUUACCAGCCGCUGCUCCAAAUUCAAAAUCAUUGACAUCACAAAGCUGGCUCCAAGCAGUUUAUGUUUGGUGGAAUUAUAGAUGCGGACUGACCUGGUGAUAUCUGAAAGUGCCCAGAGUACCGUAUUUUUCGCACCAUAGGGCGCACCGGACCAUAGGGCGCACCCAGUUUUUAGGGGGGGAAAUCAAGAAAAAAAAUAUUUUUCCCCCCAGCCCCAAAGAGCAGCGUACAGGCUGCGCACAACCUCUCCCUGCCGGAGGGGUUGAGCGGGGCUAUGGCACAAGCCAAGGCAGCAAGCAGGAUGGAUCCCGCUCGCUGUUUUGGCUUCCUCUUUAGCCCCGCGCAACCUCUCCUUGCCAGGAGACGCUGCGCAGGGCUAAAGAAUCCAUAGCCCCGUGCAGCCUCUCCUUGCCGGAGGGGUUGCGCGCAGCUAUGGAGGAAGCCAAGGCAGCGAGCGGGAUGGAUCCCGCUCGCUGUUUUGGCUUCCCCUUUAGCCCCGUGCAGCCUCUCCUUGCCGGGAGACGCUGCGCAGGGCUUUCCUGGCUUUACUGGGAGGUGGGGGGAUUCCCUCACCUCUCCCAAAGCCCGCAGAAGCCGCACAGCCCUUUAAAGAGUCGCGGCUCUCCUGGCUCCUGGGAGUGGGAUUCCCACCUCCGCAAACCGGCAGAGCCGCGCACUUUAAAGGGCUGCCCGGCCUCUCCUGGCUUUCCUUCGUGGUGGGGGAAUUCCCUCACGUCUCGCAAAAGCCCGCAGAAGCCGUGCAACCCCUUUAAAGAGAUCGCGGCUUCUCCUGGCUUUUCUGGGAGGUGGGAGAAGGGACUGAUGCGGCCAGUCAGUCCCUUCUCCCUCCUGUGGAAAAGCCCACAAGAGCGCACGGAGCUUGUGUGCGGCUCUUGGGGGCUUUUCCCGCCUGCCUCCCCCCUGCAUUCACUCCAUAGGACGCACACACAUUUCCCCUUGCUUUUUAGGAGGGAAAAAGUGUGUCCUAUGGUGUGAAAAAUACGGUACUUCCAUCCUAUGUAGCAUAUUUCAUAGAAUCACCAAAUUGUGGAGUUGGAACAGACCCAAGUGUCAUCUGGUCCAACCAUUAGCUAAAGCUGGAGAUGGAGAUUCCACAGGUGUUUCUCUUGUGGCUUUGUCACUUUCCACCUGCUCUGCGUUGGCAGUGAAGCAUGUUGCCUUUGAAUGUGAACUGUUUAAUACAAUGGAGGCGACACCAGAAAAACCGAAACUGCCCUAAGAUGUGAUUAAACGUUUCAGGUGACCACCUUUAGGAAGCUCCACAGAGCUCUUUGAGUAACAGUAUAUUAGAAAUAUUCAGCUCCUUCAUUCUUUUUUCCUCAAGAGUUUUAGCAGUGUAGAGGCAGUAAUUGCUGUUGAAUUGUUGGCUUUUACAAUGGGAACAUAAGGAUCUGCCUUGUAACGAGACCGAGUGGCCCUGCCUUGACUUGCAGCUGCUCUCCAGGGUUUCAGAAAGAGUCUUAGCCCUGCUUUGAGAUGCCAGAGCCUUUCCCGUAUUUGCAACUACCCCAAUAAAUAUUUUCCAAGUAAACCUGAUGAAACAGAACCUUGGCUACUGGGAAUACAUGAGAUGCUUAUAUCAUAGCACCCAAAAUUAACACGGCACAUUCCUUUGGGUGUUGUUUACUGAAUGCACAGUCAAACAUGUGAAAUCAGGUCCUAAAAUAUUUAGAACAUCAGAACAUUUUCUGGAAAUACAGUGGACGCUUGGGUUGCGAACGUGAUCUGUGCGGGAUGCACGUUUGCAACCUGCAGCGUUCGCAACCCGCAGCUGCGCUUCUGUGCACCUGCGGGUUGUGAUCCGGUGCUUCUGCGCAUGCGCAGCCGCCAAAAUCCGGAAGUAACCCGUUCUGGUACUUCCGGGUUUCAGCGGUACGUUAUCCGAAAAAACGCAACCUGAAGCAUCUGUAACCUGAGGUGUGACUGUACAUCUGAUUCAAAAUUGUCUGGAGCACCAGUAUUACUAAUAAACUGACUGAUAACAAUUUCCUGGACAAGCCACAUCAAUGGCUACAACUUGGUGGUAAUGGUAUUAUAAUGUUUUAUUAUGUAGCAUUAGUCAUCUGCUGAUAAAUAUUCCCAGUGUUUUGUUUGAAAGGAUUUACUAUUGAUCACUAGCCAGGAUAGAGUGACAUAGAAGCAUAUUCAAAGUAUUCAGGAAGGGACAGCUGUAGCCUGUAGCCCUGUACCCAUUUACUUGCGAGGAAGCCAUACUGAACUCAGUGGGACUUGCUUUUGGGUGGAUUUGUAUAGGAAUACACCAUAACUGAAGUAUCAAUAGUAUGACGUCUUGUUUUUCGUGUGCAAUGAUCACUGUUUCUCCUGCUCCUCACCAUCACCCCCACCCCCCUGUCUGGAGAGACAAUGGAGUGCCACUCCAGGGGUGAAGUCCAGCCACUGUGUUAGUGUGACAGAAAAGUUUGUUUUGCUGGGCAGGUUGGGUCAACAAGUGCUUUAUUUUUCCUUUUUCCUUACCAGCAAACAGUUAUGAAUGGCAGCCUCUGAUUGGCCGGGGUUCCAGGAGGGGGAGUUGAAAAGGAGAGGAUUUGGGGAGACAGUUGAGGAGAUAGGGAGUGAGAGGAGAGAGAGUUGGUUCUGGGUAGAAACAUCCACUCUGAGGAAUCUAUCACAAGCUAGAGAAAGGAGUCUCUGAGAUUCCCAAUCCAGUCAAGAAUGGUGUGGAGAUCCCUUGGGUCUGUUACUUGGAGCACCUCAGGGGUAGGGUUGUCAAAGGGGUGUGCAACUGACAGAAAAUACCACCUUGUUUAAGAACCAAAGUAUCAGGCAGUAACAACUGAGAAAGAAUUGUGAAAUAACUGGAAAUAAGAUGAGCAUUUACCGUCGAGUCUAAAAACCUGUAACAUCUACCUGAAGCGAAGUAGCUGAACAUAAACAACUGAAGUUUAAAAGAAGCUGUGCUUGAUUAGAAGUCCAUAACAUCAGUUAGAUUUAGUAUAAAUAUUAUUAAGUGAACCUGAAAUAGCAUUAUAAUCUGAAGUAUCCUUUGGUUUACCCACUUUGUGUCAUAAACUUCCUUUGUUUAAUAAAAUCAUUCUUGUUUAUUUGAUCAAACCCUGCCUGAGACUCCAAAUCAUUAAGUUUUCCCUCACACACGUCCCCCACAAGUCAAGUCAAGUCAAGUUUAUUGCGGCCAAAGCCAGUGACACUAAACACCAUAAGAUCAGACAACAAGAAAUCAGCAACAACUUCAGAAAAGAAAAAAGGUUACACAAGAGAACUUCACAGUGUGCCAUUCAACAGAAGAGAUUUACGCUUCUUAAUUACUAAAGUGCAAUAUUUAGCCACCUCAUAUGAUACUGAGCUUGAGGAAUCUUCCAGGAGGUAUUUUCGAAGAGUUUCAGGGGAGGAUUCCAAAUAAUAUUGAAGGGGUAUAAAUUUUGAUAGAAGCGGUAAAAUAAGUUGAACUCGUUCUUCACUAUAGAAUUCGCAAGAUAAAAGAAUGUGUGUGACAGAUUCUACCUUAUUAGACAUACAAGGGCAGAGACGCGCCUGCAUUGGAACUCGCGUGAAUUUGCCGUACAGCACUGCUGAGGGCAUUGUCUCAAAGCGGGCUCUAGAGAAAGCCCAUCUAUAGGUUUCGUUAGUGAUGUUAGUUAAGUAAGGGGCAGCUGCAAAAUUAGGCCAAGCUUUUAUACAUCUAUACGUCUCUGGGAGUAGGGCGCCUUCUUGUUGUAAUUCGAUAUCAUAAAGUCUCCAGUGAUAGUAGCUUUUGCCUUGUUCAGAGUUCCAAUAAAAAUAUUUUCAGGGUUUAGGCCAAUUUGUUUGAUCUUGUUAGUUAUUUGCAUAAGCCAAGGAGGAUAGGGAACUGCGGCCAGGAAGCAAGGUAAUAGACCCUUAGGAUUGUAAUGGAUUUUCAGCCAGAGGGAUAUUGCUUGUUCCCAGACUUUUAAUUCCACUCUGGGCAGUCCUGCCUCUUGCCUUAAGACUGCAUUAGGUGUACACUUAGGAGUAGCAAAUAAUGAUCUUAAGAAUUUAGAUUGUACUGUUUCAAGGGUCUUAAGGUUGGCAGGGGGCUAAUUUGAGAGCCAUAUAGAAGUUGGGCUAAAGAUUUUGCCUGAAAGACUGUUAGGGCCAUCGGGAGGAAGCCAGCUCCUUUCCUUCUGAAUAAUCUAAGGAUAGCAUUUGCACUUCUUUCUGCUGAUAUAGCUGAUGUGGUCAAGUGUGUUGAGAAUUUGGCAUUAUAAGAGAAAGUAAUGCCUAAGUAUUGGAAGGUCUUAGUCUGUUCAAUGGCGUUUCCCUUUACGCUCCAAUUAUCCUUCCUAAAGGAGCGGUUAAAAUGUACAAUUUUGGUUUUGGCAAAAUUAAUUGUUAACAGUUCAGUGUUACAUUGGUCACUAAACUUUCCUAAGGCACGUUUCAGCACGUCCCCCACAAGAUAGUCUGUGGGAAUUUGUGGAUGUGGUGUUCCGUGAGGGGGGUGCCCUAUAUUUAAGUGAGGGCCGGCCCAACGCCGUCAGGGGAAAAGUGCCGUUGUGCCAUUGCAGUUAGCAGCACCAAAGUGACCUCCAUGGGGCACAAGCCCGAAGAGCAUAUAUGGAGAAGGUCCUGGGCCUGAUGUCACAUUUGGCACCAGCUUGGCUGAAGAAGUCGCCAGAAGAAAGUGUACAAGGCACCAUCCAACCAUCUUAGGGACUCCACUCUGCAUGUGUUUACUCCUUAGCCCUUUCACCUCCAGAAGACAGCCUGCAAGGCUGCUGAGGUUUAAGAUCAGAGUGAUUUCAGAGGCACCAUUUACCCGUGUGGUCUUGCCUUGCAGAUAUCCAGGCAUGCUGGCCACUAAAAUCAGGCCUGUUCACUGGUACUGUGGGGUCUCAGGAAGAGCCACAGAGGCCUGUUCUUGUCCUGUUUUUUGGGGGGGGGGGUUAGCCUAACUGAUGCCAUUUUGCUUCUAUAGAAAACUGCCUGCUUUAGAAUUUAGGAGGGUGAGCCACAAAUAUUGUGAAGACCAGAUAACGUUGCUGGGCGAUUUUCAGGAAAACCUCCCUCUGCCAGGCAAUUCUCCCCUUCAAGGUCUCCAGGCAGGGUGUCCUGUUUAGAUCAGCGCAAGGAACCUCGAAAGAGGGAAAGGGAGGGGGGAUACCUACAAAAAGUAUGACUAAAGGUUAUUUGGGGCGGCUUCACCAUCACACUGGUGAGUGUGGCUUGCCCGCUCUGUUUUACUCAGCUGAAUAAAGGAGUGAUUCUGGGAAUCUCCUCUGCCUUUGGCAUUUAUUGGCUUUUCAGUGACUGAGGCGGCUUGGGCCCGAUUAGCAGACCCCAACAGUACCAUGGACCUUACAGGAAGACCAUGGGAAGAAUUCACAGGAAAGUGCCUCCCUCAGCACUCUUGUAAGGCCUAAAGGGCACCUAAGCAAUCUGGUCCAAGGUACACAAUCUAGCAGAAAUGCGUGCUUAGUUAGUCCCUUUGAAAGACAGGCUUAGCUUUGUAGCUCAAUGUUUGCAGAAGCUUCAUUUACCAGUGUAAACAUGCGUCUUUGGACUGACUGGUUCUGCGUCCAGCUGACAACUUCCUUGUUCUUUUGUCGUGCCCUCGCUUUUGAGUGUUACGUGCUGGGUGUUGCGCAACACCAAGCAGUGCCUUGCGGAAAAUAUUGGAAUGGUGUGUGUGUGUGUUUCAUGUCUGUUAUCUUGCCUCACUCUCUUGCCCUUGUUUCACUUCUCAUUUCAGCCCGAGGUGUGUGUAUAUCUCUUUGGGACAAGUUAGACACGGUGUUAAUUGUAUCUUUGCAUCUAGCCUGCUGAUUUUUCAAAAUGCAAAUUGUACCAGCAGGUGUGGUAGGAAGGGUGAGAGCAGAGAGAGAGAAUUUAAUCCUUACUCUCCCCUGCUGUAGUCUGGAGGAAAAUCCGCCUUGGGAAGGAGCUAUUUGCCUUAAGGGGAAAUGUCUCUUUGUGGCAAAUUCUUCCCUCCCCCCCACAUCAAAGGCAAAUACCAGGUUCAGAAGAAGGAUUUCCCCCAGGAGCACAGCAGGGAAGGGAGAUUGUUUUGAAACAGAGUAUUUGUAAGCUUUGUGUAUUUUACAGAUUUGUAAGUCACUUUCGGGGGGGGGGGGCGCUGUGGGUUAAACCACAGAGCCUAGGGCUUGCUGAUCUCCGCGACGGGGUGAGCUCCUGUUGCUCAGUCCCUGCUCCUGCCAACCUAGCAGUUUGAGAGCACGUCAAAGUGCAAGUACAUAAAUAGGUACCGCUCUGGCGGGAAGGUAAACAGCAUUUCCGUGCGCUGCUCUGGUUCGCCAGAAGCGGCUUAGUCAUGCUGGCCACAUGACCCGGAAGCCGUACGCCGGCUCCCUCGGCCAAUAAAGCGAGAUGAGCGCUGCAACCCCUAAUGGUCAGGGGUCCCUUUACGUUUACCUUUAAGUCACUUUGAGACAUUUCUUGCACGAGAAGCAAUUUUUUAAAAAAGGGAUUAUUAAUAAUAAUUAAAUCCCCUUCCCGUGCCUGCUCUGAUUCCAUCAAAUAUCACACACACAUAUCCCAAAUGCACAGGCAAUACAUUUUGAAAAACCUGCAGCUUAGCUGCAAAGACGUAGUUUGUCCUUUUUAAUACUGAUUUGUGCCAACUUUCUGUUUGCAGUGGUUUCCUUGUCACAAACCCCCCAUCUAAGUAUCUCUAUUCUUGCUGACCUGCAGAUUCUGAGCUGCUGUGAAUUAGGACACACAUGUCCUCAUGAAGUUCUCCAGACAAGGAGAUAGGGAAUGUAGAGGAAAGAAUGUUGUUAGUUGCUACGUUUAUGUCUACAUAAUUCUUCCUACUUCUGAACUCCUCCUCCAUGUUCAUUAAUUCCCAGCUGGCUUGGUGCUUUUUAGCCCUUUCUGACUGUCAUGAGCACUACUGAGCGCUAGAAAUCCUCAAUGUAGACAGCAGCCGAUGGGGUUCAGAUUUGGUCAACAGGCUGCCUGUUACUUCUUAGUACCUACUGCUGCCAUCAUUGAGGACCGGCUACAGUUUGUAGCUCUUAUUGGCAAUUUGUGUAUUCCUUCUCAGACACACACCUCCCAACUAGUCCUGUCUGUACCAGGCUCAUACCCAAAUGAUAAUUCGAGAGCAUUUGCAGUAGUUCUGAAAAUCUGCUACAUAUCCCCAAAUAAGAGUUCCUCUGUUGUGUUGAAUGCGGAAUGAAAACGAGGUUUUUUUUUUAUACUAGUUCAUGAAGACCAAAUCUCAUUAGCGAGUGUGCACAUACACAAGAUUUCACAAUAUUCUUCCCACAUUUGGUAUUGUGGAAUAAACUGUGAAAGUGAUUUUGGAGUGUGGCAACCACUUCCUUUGCAUUUGAAAGAAGAGCUAGACUUAUUUCCAAGAACAGGUCAUUCAUUUGCCUGCCUCCCUCUCGUGUUUAGCAGUCUUCACACAUCCACUGUUUUUGCUGGGCUUAAUGUUGUACUGAUACCCAAAAACUGGGGUGCACGUUUUAAAAUUAUUGUGCACCAAAGGCUAUUCACGUUACUCUCUUCCAUUCCUUUCAUACUUGGCAGUAGUGGUAGAGCUUGUUCUACAAAAGUCGUGUUGUAUCGCCUUGAUCUCUCAAUGUAAAAGCAAAUUUAAAAAUCUAUAUAAAAUGGAUGGGCACUGGAGGAAGGGGUUAGGUGGAAGGUGACCUCUUCACUGCUAAAUCCUGUGGAGCCAAAAGUCCAGCCAUCCAAAAGCCUCUCCUAAAGGUUAGAUGGCUUUCUCCUGAAUUGGAUGAGCUCUUGUGGGAAAUAUGGAGAGAAAUAUCUCUCAAAAUCAGGCAAAGGCACAUCAUGUGCAGAACGUCAGUGAAUAUUGACUAUAUUGAUUUUCCCAAUUUUCGUAAUUUCAUUGUUGGAGUGCCUGAUUGUACAGUGGUCCCUUGGUUCUCAAACUUAAUCUGUUCCGGAAGUCGGUUCCAAAGCGUUCCAAAACCAAGGUGCACUUUCCUGUAGAAAGGAAUGCAAAAUGGAGUAAUCCAUCCCAGACUUUAAAAAACAACCCCUAAAACAGCAAUUUAACAUGAAUUUUACUAUCUAGUGAGACCAUUGAUCCAUAAAAUGAAAGCAAUAAUCAAUGUAUUGUACUAUAAAAUAAAUAAGACAGUACUGUAGAUGCUAAAAAUUAUUUCUUUUCUUUUCUUACCUGCACUGAUGAUAGUUAUUGUUUGGAUGGGGGGCUUUUAUCCAUUUCCGCAGUCACACAAUCAAUCAUUCAUUCAAUCAAUCAAUCAAUCAAUCAAUCAGUAGCUGAACUGGGUUCCACACAGUCACAAAAGCAAAUUAACCCAAAAGCCUCAAAAACAAAAACGCGAAAUAAAUAGCAAAAACAAAAGAGCCAAACUUAAUCCGUUCUAGAAGUCCAUUUGACUUCCGAAAUGUUCUAAAACCAAGGCAAAGCUUCUGAUUGGUGCAGGCGCCCUGGAAACAAUAGCCGACAGCCACAUUGGAUGUUCGGCUUCCAAAAAAUGUUUGAAAACGAACACCUCUGGAUCUUCGGCGUUUGAGAACCAAGGUGCCACUGUACUAAAAAGGGAUUUUGUGCAGCAGCCAGUUACCAUCAGUAUUCCCUUUUUAUGGACCCAAGAGAAGAGAGACACAAAAUGCCGAUUCUACAGUGCCCUGCAGCUCUUAUAAGCAAUACUUCACAUCAGUGCACACAUCCCAUUCUAAUAAUCUAAUGCCUUGGGCAAAGAAUUGAUGUAAUUUUUGAACACAACAUAAAUCCUACUAAUUGGUUGGUCAGGGCAAUUAGUAAGGGAGAAUCUUGCCAAGCCAGAAGAUAUUGUGGCCAGUUUAAAUGUAGUCCCUGUUCAAGUGUGUGCAUGUGUUUAACACUGGACUUCUUAUAUGAUUUUUCUCAAAAUUCGUCGCCUGGGUGGGUCCUACCUUAUAUAUACUAGGCAUGGGUAGGCAAACUAAGGCCCGGGGGCCGGAUCCGGCCCAAUCGCCUUCUAAAUCCGGCCUGCGGAUGGUCAGGAAUCAGCGUGUUUUUACAUUAGCAGAAUGUGUCCUUUUAUUUAAAAUGCAUCUCUGGGUUUUUUGUGGGGCAUAGUAAUUCGUUCAUUCCCCCCCCCCCCCCAUAUAGUCUGGCCCCCCACAAGGUCUGAGGGACAGUGGACCGGCCCCUUGCUGAAAAAGUUUGCUGACCCCUGUAUUAGAGACCCAAGAGAUCGCUUUCUGAAACCUUUGUUCUCGGAAGCUUGCAGGCACACCCCACAGAAAUGGUUCAGUUUCUUUUGAGUGACAAUCAUAGCUUCAUAACACAGAGAGUGGCUCUCUUCUCCGGCUGGAAAAAAAAAUCAUUAAAAAGGAGUUAAGAUAAAAUCGCUAUAAGUUGUUUGGCUGAUUUAAUCGAGCUAGAUUUAAGCUUUCUGCUUGCCUCUGGUACCUUAUUUCUCUCACAUCAUGGAUGUGGUAUUUGGAUAUUAUGGGUAUAUGUACUGUAUUAUUUUAUUAAUACUGUGGCUAGAACAUAUCAGGGGGUUGGACUAGAUGACCCUUGGGUCCCUUCCAGCUCUACAUUUCUUUGAUUCCAGUGAAUUUAUGAACAACUUCAAAGGAACUUUAUAUAUACCUUGUGGCGUGUUAGAGGUUUGUGAUCAACUUGUGCCUGCCUAGUAAGCCAUGUCUUCCUGCAUAACUGAACUGUUGUGUUGUUUUUGCUGUAUUGUUUGCUUUCUCCCUAUCAUUUCAUCACAAGUCAUUAACAUGCCUGCUAUUUCUACUGCCACUUUUUAAGACUUGUAAUUCAGCCUAUUAAUUCUACCAUCAGCUGUUCAAAACGUUAUGAUUUAGCUUUUGCAUCAUUUAAGUUCCCCUCUUGUAUAUUAAUAUAAUUCUCUAUUCCGUUAAGCUAUCUACGUUUCUGUCACGUAUUAAAGCUCUUUCCCAUAGCUGGUUUUCUUAUCCAGUAUUAUUUAUUCAGAGGCUCUAUCAAAGAGCAUAUUUCUGGAGUUCUUUCUUUCAAGUUUUGCCCAAAGGUAUAAGCCUGGGAGAAACUCCUUUGUUUUUAAUGUUCUAUUGCUGCUCUGGGUUGGCAUUAUAGUUGUCGUAUGUUACUGCUUUUGUGAUACUUUGCUAGUUGAAUAUUGUUGUUAAGCCGCUGGAACUGUUUUAUUCAUUGGUUUGCCAUUAUGGAUUUAGUAUGGUAUUGAACUAUUUAUUUUUUGCGUGUGUUUAUACAGCUUGUCUGUUGAUUCGUGUUUUAUUUAUUGUCAGCUGCUUUGAGCUUCUUUUCAGAAGGAAAAACAAGGUACAAAUAUGAAUUGAAGCAGGAGAAAUGACGUGAAAUUCUGCUUUUUAAAACAAAAUUUACAUAUAGUGCUGGUAGAGAGAAAAUGUUCUCUUUAAUUCCUCCAAGUUGUUUGGCAGUAGCACCAGGGCAGACAAAACAAUUCUUUGCGCAGCACAUUGUGAACUUACAAAAUAUGUUACCUGAAAAUUCAGUGAUGACUCUCUUUCCUCUGCCAUUCCUCUAAUUAAAUUCACAGCCUCCAGCAUCUUCUUAAAAACCGUAUCGGUUGUAUGAUUCUCCUGUGUAAUUUCUAAAUUUGUUUGGCCCAUUCACUACAAGGAAUAUUAAAUAAGAUAAUUCUCACGGUACUUAAUAGCCUCUGCAAAUAGCUCAGUUUGGAGGCAAUCUUUAAAUUUCCUUGCAUGUGAUGUUAGCAACAGCCUGGAAGUAAUUCAUAGUGAGAAGACGGAAUAUGAUAAGAAAGAAAGGAGACUGGCUGAGCAAAGCCUAUUAAGGCAAGAACUGCCUGAAUCGGGGCAAGGGGGGGUCUUAAAUCAAAAGCAGCCGCGUCUGUCAACACCAGUUAUUGCUGAUGCAGGCCUGAACAAGAAGUAAUGAACUUGCUGUUGCAGCAAGUUGAAAUGAGCUGGGAAUCUUGUACGGGGAAUGAUGAAGAAUAAAAUGAGCCAUCUCUGCCUAGAGCCAGAAUGCUUCUUGGCCAUCCCUAAGGAGAUGUGAAUAAGUGGGUAUGAGCCCUUCCGUGUUCCACAUUUGAAGCACAUAAACAUCCCUCAAGGAAUCCUUGGAACUGUGGUUUGUUAAGGGUGCUGGGGACUGUAGCCCCGGGAAGGGUAAACCACAGAGGUUGAAUCCUGACAAGUACAGUGGUACCUCGGGUUAAGUACUUAAUUCGUUCUGGAGGUCUGUUCUUAACCUGAAACUGUUCUUAACCUGAAGCACCACUUUAGCUAAUGGGGCCUCCUGCUGCUGCAGUGCCGCCGGAGCACGAUUUCUGUUCUCAUCCUGAAGCAAAGUUCUUAACCCGAGGUACUAUUUCUGGGUUAGCGGAGUCUGUAACCUGAAGCGUAUGUAACCUGAAGUGUAUGUAACCUGAGGUACCACUGUAUUGUACUCCCACUUGGACUACUGCAAUGUGCUCUAUGUGGGGCUACCUUUGAAGGUGACACGGAAACUGCAGUUAAUCCAGAAUGUGGCAGCUAGACGGAGUGGCUGCCGAGACCACAUAACUCCGGUCCUGAAAGACCUACAUCGGCUCCCAGUACGUUUCUGAGCACAAUUCAAAGUGUUGGUGCUGACCUUUAAAGCCCUAAAUGGCCUCAGCCAGGUAUACCUGAAGGAGCGUCUCCACCCCCAUUGUUCAGCCCGGACACUGAGGUCCAACUCCAAGGGUCUUCUGGUGGUUCCCUCACUGCGAGAAGUGAAGUUACAGGGAACCAGGCAGAGGGCCUUCUCGACAGUGGCACCACUCUCAUCAGAAGUCAAGGAAAUAAACAACUAUCUGACUUUUAGAAGACAUCUGAAGGCAGCCCUGUUUAGGGAAGUUUUUAAUGUUUGAUGUUUUAUUGCUUUAUUAUUGUUGUUGUUAUUGUUGUUGUUGUUAUUCUGUUGGGAGCAGCCCACAGUGGCUGGGCAAACCCAGCCAGAUGGGUGGGGUAUAUAUAAUAAAUUAUUAUUAUUAUUAUUAUUAUUCCCAGCAUUCUUUGGGGGAGGUGAUGUGCUUUCAGUGUACACUCAGCCUGCAUCGCGCGUGUGUGUGUACCUUGACGGAGCAAGAAAGCACAGUGGGAGUUGGGAGAUUUUAGCUUGCCCUGCUUCACUUCAUCGUCCGAUGUGUCAUCAUGUUAGACGAGGUUUUUACACGCAAAGAAUUCCCCUCCUUAUGAGCAAGUUUUGCAUUUCUUGUAAUCCUAACAAGAUACAUGCAGCGAGACGCAUAGGCUUAAGAAAGGAAAAAAGCAAGACAUGAAUCAUUCCUAUCACCGUGCUUGCGAACGGCACUGAUAAAUGAAAUGUUAUAUAUAUAUUUCUUUCACCAUAUCCUUCCUAAGCCAUUUGACCCUCCUGAAUGUUGAGUAAGUAAUUACCUUUGCUUAUGCAAUGGGCCGUAAUGUUUAGUGAGCGGAGAUCUUUGCUUACAGUUUUCAACUGUGUUUGCCUUACUUUGGGUAGAUCUUUUGGCUUUUAAAGAGGUUUUGCUCAUGCGACAGUGGAACUUUUUAUUCCUUUUUCCUAAACAAAAAGCAAUUGCUUACUGUGCUAUUUCCUGACAGAAUGGUUGGCCCAAAUUUAUUUUGAAAUCUUGCCCCCGCCUUGGACUCCACGAAGCAGUUCAGUGCGACUCCUCUGUCCAACAUUAGGGUCUUCUCAUAGUCUGGUGUGCCAGUACACAUGUGGUUCCUUUUUGACUCUUUAAGCAACAAAUGAGCAAUAGUUAAAGCGGCUACAAAUAUGUAGUAGUACUAAUAAUAAUAAUAAUAAUUUAUGAUUGUGGCGUUCGUACGGAGCGUUCGUACGGAGCAAUAGUCUCACGGACUAUUGACCCAUACACCACUAAUCCGCUGCCACCAACCAGGUCCUCCCUGGUAAAAUCACUUCAGCCUCAGUCAGCUGCUCAAUUAAUAAAGAAGAGUGUAUUUUAUUUCAGACACAAACAAACUUUUCCUGCGUUCCAAACGUUGUUACUCUUUACUUUCUUAGUCUUAUUUUCCUCUCUCUAUCUCUUCUACCUCCCCUCACUCAAGAACCCACUGCUCUAACCGUUUCUCUAUUUCCAACUGCCUUUCCCAACCAGCCAACCCACUAAAACCAACCAACGACCCACCAACAACUCUGGACCAUCUCCCACCAUUUUCUUAAUUUGGAGUCCCCAGAAAUAGGGGACAUCUUAUACACGGAGGCGUGUUAUACAUGGAAAAAUACGGUAUUUAAAUAGUCCAAAAAAUGCCAUACUUUUAUUUUUUGAAGGCUUAAGACUAAAGUAUUAAAUAGUUAAAACACCCAGCAGGAAAAUUGUAUUUCCUUGGAUUGGGGGAGGGUGGAAUAUGUACAUGUAUAGCUGACUAUCCUUUUAUCAAAGGCGUAAUAGCGAAAGAAUCCAUUGCUCCCUAAUGUAUUACGGCAUAAGUUUUCAUAAACAAUUGUCUGGUUCUUUGGAUAAAGUGAACAUUAAUGUAGGAAAAGUUUAUUCCAGUAUAAAUCUGCUUGUCUUGAAGUGUGUGUGGGGGGGACGACGACGACGACGACGACAGGCAUCUUCGUUUGUUUUGCUGCAGCAGCCUAAUAUGGCUACCACUCUGGAACCAAAAACAUAACCUGCAUUUUUAACAAUCGUUUCAGGUGCCUAUGAAAUCUCCCUUGAACGUCUUGACAACACAUCAGUUAGGAUUAAACCCGCAGCGCAAGGAAAGUGUGCACUGGUUGUAGGAGGAAACAAGUCUUAUUCCGAAAGGAAAAUAACCUCUCCGCAGUGGCUUCGUUUUGAGUUUGAUUGUGAAACGCCGCAGAAUUAUUGGGAAUUGGUGAUUGAGAGGGACAUUGGUAAGUUGCACUAUGCUAUCCAGUUUUUAUGAGCUUCUAAAAGUAAUUUGGAUAUUUGUCAACCUGAGCUGCAUGCUGAAAGCCUAAAUGACAAGGGUAAAUAUUAUUUAUCUUCUACUUGUUACAGUACCAUCCUCUUUGUUGCUAAUUAAGGGCUUGGGGCUGUCAACUGAACUGAAAUAACUUAACUGUAUAAAUCAUCUUCCUUUUAACUGAUUAUUUAGCUGUUUUUAUACAGGGGUAGGGGCGUGGGUGGCGCUGUGGGUUAAACCACAGAGCCUAGGACUUGCUGAUCAGAGGGUUGGCCUCGGGAGAAACCCGAAUUACCACACUAGAAUGUGACUGUUCACCGCUGGUUCUGCUCAGUCCUCUGCUUUUAAUGCUGAGAAUGUGCUUCUGACCACGUGUUCCUCCUGAGGAGCCCAGUGCUCUUUAAAAAAUGUCCCAUUAAGAUCUAAGCAACUGUGGGCUUUUAUCUGCGACACGCAAAAAGGCCUGGCCAGUAAAAUCCAUACAUUGUCAGAGAAUCAGAAUUGUAGGGCUGGAAGGGACCCCGUGGCUAUCUAGUCCAACCCCUCAAAUGCAAGAAUCACAGUUAAAUCACCCUGGCAGGUGGGUGUCCAUGCUCUGUUUAAAAACCUCUAGUGAAGGGGAGCCCACCAACUUCCAAGGUAGUCCAUUCCAGUGUCAAACAGCUCUUGCCAUCAUAUAAUAUAACAUAACAUAACAUAACAUAACAUAACAUAACAUAACAUAACAUAACAUAUACAGUGGUGCCCCGCAAGACGAAUGCCUCGCAAGACGAAAUACUACCUAGACGAAAGAGUUUUCCGUUUUUUGAGUCGUUCCGCAAGACGAAUUUCCCUAUGGGCUUGCUUCGCAAGACGAAACGUCUUGCGAGUUUUUGCGAGUUUGUUUCCUUUUUCUUAAGGCCGCUAAGCCGUUAGUAGCCGCUAAGCCACUAAUAGCCGCUAAGCCGCUAAUAGCCGUGCUUCGCAAGAAGAAAAAACCGCAAGACGAAGAGACUCGCGGAACGGAUUAAUUUCGUCUUGCGAGGCACCACUGUAAUAAUAUAAUAUAGUAUUAUAUUAUAAUAUAAUAUAAUAUAAUAUAAUAUAAUAUAAUAUAAUAUAAUAUAAUAAUAUAGAGAUUUGAUUGAUUGAUAUGAAGCCCAUUUCAAACAAGCUGCACUUACAGCUGGAGGUUCUAAUCAAUUUAAUUGACAGAUCAAUCAACUAAAAACAUAGUUGAUUAAACCAUGGGCCAAGAGUUCUUAAGUGGACACGAUGGUUUAUAUGAACCAUUCUUGUUUUGGUUUUCUCCUGUGAAAAGCAACGGUCUGUAAUUCCGCUUGCCACCUCUGGCCAUGAUCCAUCACCCUCCGGCAAGGGUGGGUAGAGAAGCUUUAGCCUUUUCCAGCUUGGAGUGGGGGGGGGAGAGGGGGUCAUCCCUGUGGCUGCAUCACACUCAGAUGUUGAGCUCAAAUGCCGGCGAAAAUAGCCAACCUGAGGCUGCCAGAUGGAGGCCGGGGCAAGCUGCGAUGGCACUUAGAGCAUCUUGCAUCCCAGCACCAAAGCAAGACCAAGCCUUCUCCUUCGGCUCCAAGAGAGAGGAGCUGAGAUGCAUAGCACCAAGCAAACCCAUUUCUCCUCUUCCUCUUCCCCAACUGACAAAUCUUGGAGAGGAGCAGUGGUGGGGGUGAUUGUUACUGAACCCUAUAAAAGUGCAGCAGAAAACCAGCAGAAAAAGGAAAGGGUGGGAUUCUGACUUGGCAAACAGGGCCAAACAAAAACAAAAAAAGGAAGCAGCGUUUAUUUUUUAAUUUACGAGUUCUUUUACAUUUCCCACAGUAGCUCAAAAAGCCCCUUGGUAUGCGUACAUUUUGGCUCCCGGACAAUGGAAAACCAGAAGUGAUUGUUCCGGUUUUCAAACAUUCUUUGGAACCCGAAUGUCUGACGCAACUUCCGUGGCUUCCGAUUGGCCUCAGGAGCUCCCUGCAGCCAAUCAGAAGCCUUGCCUUGGUUUCCAAACGUUUUGGAAGUCGAACGGACUUCCGGAACGGAUUCCGUUUGACUUCUGAGGUACCCCUGUAUAAAGGUAAAGGGACCCCUGACCAUUAGGUCCAGUCGUGACUGACUCUGGGGUUGCGAUGCUAAUCUCACUUUAUUGGCUGCGGGAGCCGGCUUACAGCUUCCGGGUCAUGUGAUCAUGUGACCUUCUGAUCGGCAAGCCCUAGGCUCUGUGAUUUAACCCACAGCGCCACCCGCAUCCCUACGCAGUGCCACUAUAGAUAGCUACUAUUCAUUAUUUAAGCCUACCCUCUGUCAAAGUCCAACUGAUCUGAGUCUGUGACAUUUAUUUUCCUAUAUGAUGUGAUCUCACAAUAAAAUAUAAUAGCACCUACUUCUCAAGUGAGAAUGAGAUCCCAUCAAUGAACCCGCUGCAUUAUUGCAGCAUUAAUGUCGUGCUAAUAAAAUACCAUUUUUCAUCACUUCACAUUCAAAGCCUUCAACUGUCACACAUUUCCCAGAAGUUCUGAACACCACAAUAGUGAUUUUGGUAAAGACACAACCAUGGAUUUCAGUCUUCAAAUAAUAAACUAGGCUGGGUGGUUGUUAAAGAAAAAGAAAACGUAAAAGACGUGAGUGCCUUGUUUGCUUAGAACAGGGUUUCGCAAACUUGGGUCUCCAGCUGUUUUUGGACUACAACUCCCAUCAUCCUUAGCUAGCAGGACCAGUGGUCCAGGAUGAUAGGAAUUGUAGUCCAAAAACAGCUGGAGACCCAAGUUUGGGAAACCCUGGCUUAGAAUGUGCAUAGAGAAUUACUAAAAGCUCUUAACAUAAAUGAAAGAGUAAAAGGAUUAUAAUUUAACUGGAUGGUCUUGUGUGAUGAUCAUUCUUACAUUAUGUGUGUCUGUGUGUUUCUAGAUUGUAUGAGAGGACCAUGUCCCUUUGGAGAUGUUCUGCUUCUGCCUUCUGGGUUCCUGCCCUUUAACAAGACCUUCAUAUGGGACGUUAAAGCCAGAAGGUUAGAUGGGCUUGAACUGAAGUUCUCUCCGUUCUUAAGACAAGUUCUGCCUGGAGAGACUUGCCCCGACCAAGUUCUUUACAACAUUGGCACCCUUCUUAAUACGAACAGAGUCAACAUUGGAAACUUCUGUGGAAAUGGUACUGUGUCACGUAUCAAGGUGCAAGGGGGAGUUAUUAUGACCCUGAAGCUUCCAUGGAACUCUAAUGUCCGUGUCUCUGGCUUUAAGCUUGAAGGCAGGUCUUCCAUCCAAAGUGAGUAUGAUUUGCUUCUGUUGUCAGCAGAAAAAUUAAUGAUAUUUUAACACACUAUCUUUAAGUGUGGUUCUGUAGGCUUGCUUUCUUCUAAGUUGGUUGGAGGGGGAUCUUCCUGGAGUAGGUUUCUCUCAAAGACAUUUCUGGUUUUGCAGUGGGUGAGGGAGAAGGCGCUGAAGGACAGGGUUGGAAGAAGAUAGCUUUUGAAGGAAAGGAGGGAGAAUCCUGACCUUCAUUUAGCAUCCUAAGCCUACUUGCGAGCAAUAUGGAAGGGGCUAAAUUACCGUAUUUUUCGCCCUAUAGAACGCACCUUUUCCCCUCCAAAAAUGAAGGGGAAAUCUGGGUGCGUCCUAUGGGGCGAAUGCAGACUUUUGAAGCUUGGAGAGCGAGAGGGGUCGGUGUGCAGCGACCCCUCUCACUCUCCAGGCUUCGGGAACACACCCGCAGCCUAGGCAGCCCUGCGGGAGUUCCCGCAGGGCUCCCUACGCUGCGGAUAGCAGCCUGCCGCCCUGCGUGAGGGGCGCCCUGAACCAGAGUGCCCCACCCGCCGGGCAGACAUCCGCAGUGUGUCCCCACAAGCUCGGGGGACAGCAAGGAGGCGCAGUGCCGCCAUCCCGCUGUUCCUCGACCUGGUUCGGUUUCCCCUACCUGGUUUGGGGGGGGGGGAGGAAAAAAAAAUUCCUUUAUUUCCCCCCCAAAAAACUAGGUGCGUCCUAUGGGACGGAGCGUCCUAUGGGACGAAAAAUACGGUAAUGCGCUGGGCUGUUUCUUAAACACAAGCGUACAUUUGUAUAUUAAAUAAUGUGCUAACAUAACACAAGAAUGGUAUUACAUGUAUCUAUGGAAGAUGUAGACUAGCUAAAAUCCUAAAGGCCUGUCCAGAAGAAUGGAUGUGGGAAGGGAUGAAGGCACAUGUUACUUCUCACACUUUUAAAGAGGUGGGUGACCUAUAUACUCAAAAAGUAACGUGAGGAGCGGCCCUGGUAUAUACCUAUUCUGUUUCUCAUAAUGGAAAUUACCUGUUUCUUUCAUGUUGCAUGUUGCAGUUCUCUUUCACAACUAUAUAACCUAAGGGCGAGGGUUGUUUGAAAGGGCCCUGUGACAAAAUUGCUCUUCAUAAAAAACAACAACUUUACCUGUGUAAUGUGAGUGUGCUUUCAAACAACCUCCCUUGAACCAACUGAAAAUCGUUUUACCCAAAUUGAUAGUGGACCAAUUUUCAUAUAUAUAUAUAUAUAUAUAUAUAUAUAUAUAUAUAUAUAUAUAUAUAAAAUCGUUCUCAUCUGUAUUGUUUCUUGACUGUGUAUUGACCUAUAAUACUUCUGCCAAACUCCCAUGGUUCACUCUGCCCACCAGACCGUACAGAAUGGGUUUUUCUUGUAAGCCAAAGCUGCUUAGUCAGAAUAAGUUAGCUUAUACCAGCCCACAUAAACAUAGAGGGACCCCAGGGCCAGGUUUAGGUUUGAUCAGGCCCUGAGCUACUGAAGGUAAUGGGACCCUUUAUAUGUCCAGCUAUCCUUUGUCAACAACAAAUCGUUGCUGUUUUUUGUGUGUUGAAUACUGUAUUUUUCGCCCUAUAGGACGCACUUUUUCCCCUCCAAAAAUGAAGGGGAAAUGUGUGUGCGUCCUAUGGGGCGAAUGCAGGCUCUCGCUGAAGCCUGGAGAGCGAGGGGGGGUCGGUGCGCACCGACCCCUCUCACUCUCCAGGCUUCAGGAAGCUAUCCGCAAGCCGUGGGAGAGCUGCGCGGCUUCGGGCUUUUGGCUUUUGGCUUCGGGCAGCUAGCAGAGAGCUUGCCUGCACCCAGAAGCUUGGGGCGCGCUGAGCUCAGCACGCCCCAGGCUUUGGGCUUCGUGUGGCUAGCGGAGAGCUUGCCUGCACCCAGAAGCUUGGGGCGCGCUGAGCUCAGCACGCCCCUGGCUUUGGGCUUCGCGCAGCUCUCCGCUAGCCGUGGGAGAGCUGCGCGAAGUCGCGAAGCUCUCCCACGGCUUGCGGAUAGCAGACUGUUCUGGGGGCUGGGGUCGGAGGAAGCUUGGGCUUCCCCCACCCCAGCCCCGCACCUGGGGGGGAAAUAAUUUUUUUUUAUUUCCCCCCCAAAAAAAACUAGGUGCGCCCAAUGGGCUGGUGCACCCUAUGGGGCAAAAAAUACGGUAUAUGCUAUACAGUAUGGUAAUUUAUGGACCUGCACAACACAAGACACAGUUGCUGUAUGUGGGUUUUAUUUUAUUUGUUUUUUAUCUUAUGUUUUGGAAAUGUACAUCCAGUUUUUUUUCUUUAAUUUUUUUGGGAGCCCCCAAGAGAGUGGGGCCUAUAGCUUGUUUAGCUUAUAUGUAAAUCCGACACUGAGGGAACCCCAAAAAACCACAGUGUCACUGUCUUCACUUGAGCCAGAAUUUGCAAGCUAAGCCCUGCCCAUGAGAGACUACAACACACAUAUCACCUUAGAAACUAAACCAGGCAUAGGCAAACUCAGCCCUCCAGAUGUUUUGGGACUACAAUUCCCAUCAUCCCUGACCACUAGUCCUGUUAGCUAGGGUUCAUGGGAGUUGUAGUUCCAAAACAUCUGGAUGGCCGAGUUUGCCUGUGCCUGAACAUAAGCUCUCUUUUAUGCUCAUAGUGGUCAUGUCUGUCUGUCUGUCUGUCUGUCUGGGUAUACUUUCUCAGUCAAAGGUAAUUGAAACUCUUUUUCUUGGUGGCCUAAUUCUGGCACCAGCUUGGCCUUGAGUGUAGUUCUAACAAGGCAAGGGUCACUAUCCUGAGGUUUCUGGUGACUGCUGGGUUGGGAAGAACGACUGCAAUGCAGCCACUCUCUAGUUCAAACAAAUUUAUAAUUUUGAGGUUCGCCAGUGAUUGUAUAUGUUCACAAAUGCUUGUCUCCCUUUGUGUUUAAAAUAGGAUUGUGCAUUGUUGAAUCCACAUUUCAAACCGAAGGAGAAGCAACCUUGAUAUCUGCCAACUACCCGGUGGGGUUACCAGAAAACGAACUCGUGGCCUGGCAAUUUGUCAUUCCGUUCAACUUAAGAGCACGUAUCUCUAUCCUCAACUACACCACCGCAAAAUGUGAACGGAACUUUCAGACAGUCGAGUACCAAUUACCUGGGCAGCAUCCUCAAGAGCUGACACCCAAAGAGGGGCAGUCUGUCGUUCUUGCUGGUAAUUUCAACCUUUCCAUGCAAGGCUGUAAGCAAUAUCAGCAGAAUGCUGGGGCCCACAAUUUGCAUUUUAAAGUUUUUGUUCAGCGCCCUGAAAAUGAAGAGAGUAAGUAACCAAUUCCCUCUUUUCCUUUUCCUUUUCUCUUUUCUUUGGUUAAUGGGUCUUUGUGUGUGUGUGUGUGUGUGUGUGUGUGUGUGUGUGUGUGUAUAAAAGAUAGAGAGAGACCACACACCUCUGUGCACAGCAAAACUUACUGGGGCAAAAUAUGCACUAUGGGUUAAUAAUACAGGUACCCUUUUUUCUUUUGGAAAAACACCACACUAUACAGUCGUACCUUGGAUCUUGAACGCCUUGGCUCCCAAACAAAUCGGCUCCCAAACGAUCGAUACCCGGAAGUGAGUGUUCGGGUUUUCAAAUGAUUUUCGGAAGCCGAAUGUCUGGUCUGGCUUCUGAUAGGCUGGAGGAGCUUCCUGCAGCCAAUCAGGAGCCGCACUUUGGUUUCCGAACAUUUUGGAAGUCGAACGGACUUCCAGAACGGAGUCCGUUUGACUUCCAAGGUACAACUGUACUGGAAAAGAUGGCCUCAAUAAAUAAAAAAUAAAUAAAUAAAAGUAAAGCAUUGCUUUCUGGUAAUUUCCAUGCCCGUAAGUAGGAAUGGAGUCAGAGCUGUACCUUAUAUUGGUUACGAUUGGAAAUUGGAUUUAAUAAUAAAUUCAGUUCCUGAAUUUAGAAGGCCAUUGUCGACAUGACUUCCCUGUCAGAGAUUAAGUUUAGACAGGGGUGUUGGACAUCCAUUCAGGAUUUUGGGCUAACUGAAGUUUACUACGUUUGUCAGGUAAUACCAUUAUGAAGAAUAGCACGUUAAAGCAAACCUUGGGGCCGUCUCCUCUUCAGGGGUUACAAUGGGAUUGUUGCAAAGGAGAUGGUUGCCAAUGUCAGGAAACUGCUGUUGGAAGAAGGGAGAGAGAGUUAGUGGACAUUUUUGUGCCUGUUGGUGGAUUGAAGUCACUUAACUUUACAAAAGCACAAACUUAAAAGGAGGACCCACAAUCGAUGACACACUGAUUGAUAAAGUAUUCCAUUAAUAUGCCAUGACAGUUGCUUCUAUGGAGAAUUCAGGUAGUUCAUAGUUCUGUUCAAGAGAGGGGGUAACUUUCUUUACCUGUCCAUGUAAAUCAGAAAUUGGUGAACAGCUUAACGGUUUCAAAACAUGCCCCUAAGUAAUUUAGAUUCUUCUUUAGAUCUUGCAAAUCAUGGAACAAUAGCUGCACCAUUUUCUUCUUUUUAAGAAAGGGACUAGGUGCUACAGUUCUUCUAAAUGAUCUCUGUUUUCUUGUUUUCAGACGUAACCUACAGAGUUGACCUCAUGAGAGAGAGGGACUUAAAUCUUACAAUAUUUUCGAAGCCAACACAGCCUGGAAGUUUAUGCUUGAUCUGUAUUAAUCGUAGUAAAAAAUGUGAGACCAACGUGACUUUAGUAUCCGGUUCCAGUUACACUAUCGCCUUACUGUGUAAAAAUACAGAGAAUGUGAGGGUAACGGCUGUGCAGUCUAAAGGUAUGAACAAAAUGUCUGGAAUUUAGUUCCCUUAAAGUGUGUAUUUGGCGGGGAGACAUCUGACAAGAAUGUACUCCUAUUUUUACUUGCCCUUGCAAAUGCUGUUUGUUUUCGUCAUCUGUCCUUUUGUUGCUCAUUAGCCUUGACUAAUUAGAAAUAACAUUUGAGUUUUUAGAUGGGCAGAUGGAGCUGAGGUAAAUUGUCAAUUGAUGGGACCACCAUCGUAUGUUCUGCAAAUUCAGAUUGCAGAAAGUCUCACUUUCUUUUCAGGAGAACAAAAGUGUAGCUCAGUCUACACAGAUGCCAUUGCUUUUAAACUUAGUCUUCUGUCUUCAUUAUUUUUAAAAGCGUGGGGUUUUGACAAGGGAAGUGCUGUUAUAAGUCGGGUGCCUAUAUAAUCUUGCAGUGGGCCUUAUUUUAUCACACUGUUUCUUUUGUUUUAUCUAUCUCUUAAUGAGAGCUAAAAUGUUUUUCUUUAAUUUUUUAAAUAGAGUGAAAUGCUCCUUAAACGAAACAGUAUUACAGUCCUGUUAUUAACUAUAACCACUGUCAUUUUAGUUAGAUACUGCUCUUGCUGUCGAUGAAUGCAGGCCAGGGGGCACCAUAAUAAAACACAAUAAAUAUAUUCAGCAGUUGUUGUUUUUUAAAAAGAUAACAUAGUAGUGUGACAACAUAAUAGCAACCUGUUCAGUAAAGGAAACUCAUAACCUCAAAGCCUGGGGGAACAAAUACCGGUAUAUAUUUAUUAUAUGUAUUUAAUUUGUAUCUCACUCCCCCUUGCUGAUCACAGAUCCAUGACAUUUUAAUACUUAAUAAUAAUAAUAAUAAUAAUAAUACUUUAUUGUUAUACACCACCCAUCUGGCUGGGUUUCCUCAGCCACUCUGGGCGGCUCCCAACAGAAUACUAAAAACACAACAAAACAUCAAACAUUAAAAACUUCCCUAAACAGGGCUGCCUUCAGAUGUCUUCUAAAAGUCAGGUAGUUGUUUCUUUCCUUGACAUCUGAUGGGAGGGCGUUCCACAGAGCGGGCGCCACUACCAAGAAGGCCCUCUGCCUGGUUAAAAAAUGACUUAACCCUUUUUGCUAGGUUCCAUUUUAAAAAAAAUUAUUAUAACGCUAUAACUAUUUCACUGUUUUAAUUCCCCCCUUUAAAUUAGUGGAGUUGACUGUUAAAAAAACAAAUAAACUGAAAUGACUCCGAUCACAAAUGUUGUAGUGAAUGUGUGUUCGGCCUCAGAUUGUUCAUGUGAAAUGGACUUUCUCCAUAUUUUUCUUCUUCUUACCCAUGUUUAGAGACCACAAUAAUAAUAAUAAUUUAUAAUAAUAAUUUAUUAUUUAUACCCCGCCCAUCUGGCUGAGUUCCCUGCCCUCCCAUCAGAUGUCCCUGCCCACUCUGGGCGGCUCCCAAUCAAGUGUUAAAAACAGUACAGCGUUAAAUAUUAAAAACUUCCCUGAACAGGGCUGCCUUCAGAUGUCUUUUAAAGAUAGGAUAGCUGCUUAUUUCCUUCACAUCUGAAGGGAGGGUGUUCCACAGGGUGGGCGCCACUACCGAGAAGGCCCUCUGUCUGGUUCCCUGUAACCUCACUUCUCGCAAUGAGGGAACUGACAGAAGGCCCUCGGUGCUGGACCUCAGUGUCCAGGCUGAGUGAUGGGGAUGGAGAUGCUCCUUCAGGUAUACAGGACCGAGCCUGUUUAGGGCUUUAAAGGUCAGCACCAACAUUUUGAAUUGUGCUCGGAAACGUACUGAGAGCCAAUGCAGAUCUCUCAGAACCGGUGUUAUGUGGUCCCAGCGGCCACUCCCAGUCACCAGUUUAGUUGCCGCAUUCUGGAUUAAUUGCAGUUUCCGGGUCACCUUCAAAGGUAGCCCCAAUCACCUCCAUGGGCCUAUCUCCUGUGCAGGUGGUGAUGACCACAUUCCUAGGUACCUGACCUCCUAGGGAAGGGAGACAUGGCCACCCCUCUUUUGUACGCCCCCUGCCAUCCUCUAGCCCUAGCCUACAACAGCCCCUUGGUUGACCAGACUCUUAGCAAAAUUCGUGGCUCCCCAGUAGGCCUUUUUCCUUGACUCCUCUGUCCCAGACUCAUCAAAUUUCUGCAUAGCUCUUUGAUACCCCAUAUGUCUUCUAUGGGUAGCCACCUGCCUGUUUCUCUGGCCCAGAGCCUAUGGCUAUAACCGUGUGUCUUUCUCAUUGCAGUCUGUUGGAAUUCCAAAGCCUGCCAGAUGAGACCCUUCCAUCUGCUUGUACCGCCGUUUCUUACUGGGCUGCCAAUCCUGCUUGACACGUUUACGUGGAAACUCCAGGCCCCGGCAGACACCCUCAUAGAAAUCAGGUCUCCAGCCUCGAAACUUAAGCAACAUAUCCCAAACCAGAAUCAAGUAUGCUCUGGGGGUUAUAGUUACUCCAUUAAUGGCAGCGCCCCAGAAAAGGCGUUGCGACUCGGUGUCUUCUGCCCUGGUGGAGCUAUUGAGAAAAUUCAGAUGAAAGACAACAUCACUGUAAUGCUUAAGACGUAUGGCAGAAGGUGGAUCAGUGAGACUCUGAAACCGAACCUCACAUUGUUUUUUAUGCCCGUUAUUCAAGGUGAGUUUAUUCUGUUUCGCUCCUUCUCUGCAUUCAAAAAGUAAAGAAAGUUAAAAUCUUGUAUCAGCCCAGUGAAAGGCCCUUUCCCGAACUGAUGUCAAAUAUCCCGAGGUUGAAAUGUGGUUAUUCUGGUUUUUUUGGGGUGUAAUAUCUGAGAUCUAGUAAAAUUUGGAUUAUGGCAAGGAAGUCUAGGUGUUGUCGUUCUAAAAGGGUUAUAUGGUUAAGGAUCCACGAGCAAGAGAGGGAGCUUUCGUGGGGUCAAAGUCAUCGCUGUGAAUAUAUUUAAAAUCCCACCAAAAUUCACGUAGUUUGAGAUUUCGGCAGACGUCAGCAUGGAUUUUGAAGCAUUGUCUGCAAUGAUUGUGCCUAGACAUUUUGGAAAAUAAUAGUAAUUUAAAAAAUCAGAUUGCCAUGAAACAAAGGGGUGCGAUUUGGUAAAGACAGAAGAAAAAAUACGGACAAAUAAUUACAACACGUAGCAGCAAGGAUAAAGAUCUUCACUUGUGGACUAAUAAAUUAUAGCAUGUAUUAAUACGAAUAGAAGUCAUAAAUACUGCAGCUGUUGAAUAACGGACUAUUAUUAUGAUUGGAAUACAAUUGGAUUAAGUAAGACUUUGGAAGCAGAAAUAAUUUUUUUUUUAUUAAACCUGUAAUUCUAGCAUGAGGGGGCCCCUCCAAAAUUAUACAAUUGGAUAUUUGAUUAAUUUAUAUUUGAUUUGGUAUUGUGAUUUGAUAUGAAUAUAAUGGGGUGUAUUUUGGAUUUUUGUAAUUGAAAACUAAUAAAAAUUAAUUGGGGGGUGGCACAGAGAGAAACGAAUGGUCUGGGAAAGGGGCAUGGGUUAAUUUAUCAAAGGAGAGUUUAGCAUGUCUGCUUGCAGACAGGUUUUGUGGCAGGGCGAACUUAGAUCUUCCACAGCAUGUUUCGCCGCAGCUCUAGGAUGGCUGAAAUAGAGAAGCAGGGAGAAGGGAACAUGGAAGAGGAGAACAAGUUGGUUUUCUCCUGCUCUGGAGGGUAGGACUCGAACCGAUUGCUUUGAGUUACAGGAAAGGAGAUUCCGACUAAAUAUUGGGGGAAACUUUCUGACAGUAAGAGCUGUUCAACAGUAGAAUGGUCUCCCUUAGAAGGUAGUGGACUCUCUUUCCUUGGAAGUUUUUAAGAAGAGGUUGGAUGGCCAUUUGUCACGGAUGCUUUAGCUGAGAUUUCUGUAUUUCAAGGGAUUGGUGUUCUGUACAUAGUAUGCUUAGUGCUAAAGUUUAGUCUUAUCCAGGGUGGAUAAAAAUCAUUGAUUAAAAAAAUAAUAAUCGGAUUUAAAAAAAAAUUAAAUCUGAUUUAUUUUAUUUAAAUUGGAUUUUUUGAAAUUUAAAUCGGAUUUUAAAAAUAAAAUACUUUUGGAGGAAAAAUCUUUCUAAAGAUAGUUUUCUAUUUAAGUUACAUUAUAGUCCAAAGGCUAUUCAUCAGGAAAUAAGGAUUUGUUUUAAAUUUUUCAUGUGUGCUAAAACUCUGUUGUUGUUUUUUAAAAUUGUUUAAUCACAUCAGUUAACAAACAUGGAUACAUAUGCGAUAAUGUUAUUGUUUUAGUUAAAUAAAUUGUUUAAAUUGUUAUUAAGGGAAUGAUUAUUUUUCACCUUCCAAUAAAGUACAGCAGAAAAGUUGUCCAAAUAAUUUCAUAAUUACCUGUCUUUGUAUUUCUACUAGUAUCACCAAAUCAGAAAUUUUUGAUAUAAAUGUAAAAACUACUCUGAAAAUUUAUUAUUCCAAAAACGAAACCUUCAUCUGGUUGUAAAUAUUAAGAUUAUACCAGCAAGAAUGAGUCUUUCUGUAAAAAAAUGAUUUAAAUCAAGUCUUACUGACAAGUGAUUUAAAUCUAUUCGAUUUAAAUCAAAUCCACCUUUGUCUUAUCAUAAGUUAAGUAAUUGUAAGUUAGUUAAGUCUGCUGCAACUGGAUUUUCUUAUGGACUGUGCCAAUCCUGAAUGUAUUGGAUUUGUGACCAUUAUGCUCAUUUGCCUUCAGUAGCAGUAAAGCUCUGUACAAUUGCCUCUGGUCUACUGUUUGGGAAAUUCUGCUACGUGUUUAAGCUUUUCCUCCACACGUAUGACAUAGGUGACCAACUCUACAAUUCUAUGACUCUAUGAGAAGUGAUUCAGUGGGAUGUGAAACCAGGCAGAUUCCUUUGUGUACACAAUUUUUUUUAGCACAGCUUAAAUUGCAGGAUCUGCAUGUCUUAGAGAUGGCCAAGCUUUCUUUCACAAAGGGUUUAUUUUGUCUUGCACGGGGAAGUAAAGGGCAGCAAUGACUUCGCACAUUUGUUUUUUUGUGUGCUCCCGCAGAAGAGUGUGUAUUCAGCGUUACCCCAGAUCCGAAAACCGAAGUUUACCUGCAAACCCCUAACUGGCUGGAAGGUCUGCCUCCUUUCACGUCUGUGUAUUGGAACAUCACCGUCCCGGCAAAACAAGUUGCGCAGCUGUCGUUCCCAAAGGACCGUAUGGGUGUUACUUGUGUACAGAGCCGGGCGAACAUCUAUAUUCAGGAACAGAGACCAAAUGCAGAAGAAACCGUGCGCCGCGAAGAUCAGAAACUACCUAAAACUCUCGAUCUGAAGCAUCAUUUCUGGGUAAACAUCACUAACUGUAAGCCGGCGACCAAUCAACAACUGAGCAUGCAGUUCAGGGUGAAGUUUGUUCAGAAAAAAGCAGGUGAGGUACCACAUGUUGUGCGUUGUUUCACAAUAACCAAAGGGAGGUUCCGUCCUGACAAUUGUUCAUCUUUCAAUUCUGUGUUCUUUUCCCAUGAACCUACAGAGUUGAGGAAGAACUUUCUACCUGGUUUCAGUCACACAGGGGUUAAUUUCCUGGGCUAUAGACAGUACAACGGUACCUUGGUUCUCAAACUUAAUCCGUUCCGGAAGUCCGUUCCAAAACCAAAGCGUUCCAAAACCAAGGUGCGCUUUCCCAUAGAAAGUAACGCAAAAUGGAUGAAUCCGUUCCAGACUUUUAAAAACAACCCCUAAAACAGCAAUUUAACAUGAAUUUUACUAUCUAACGAGACCAUUGAUCCAUAAAAUGAAAGCAAUAAUCAAUGUACUGUGCCAUAAAAUAAAUAAGACAGUGUUGUAGAUGAUAAAAAUUAAAAUUCCUUUUUUUUCUUACUUGCACUGACGAUAGUCAUUGUUUGGAUGGGGGGCUUUUAUCCAUUUCCACAGUCACACAAUCAAUCAAUCAGUAGCUGAACUGGGUUCCACACAGUCGCAGAAACAAAUGAACUGAAAAAGCCUCAAAAACAAAAAUGUGAAAUAAAUGGCAAAAAUGAAAGCACAAAACUUAAUCCGUUCCGGAACUCUGUUUGACUUCCAAAAUGUUCAAAAACCAAGACGCAGCUUCUGAUUGGUGCAGGCACCCUGGAAACAAUAGCCGGCAACCACAUUGAACACGCGGCUUCCGAAAAACAUUCGGAAACCGGAACACUUACUUCCGGGUUUUUGGUGUUUGGGAACCAAGGCGUUUGAGAACCAAGGCACCACUGUAGUUCCUAGCUGUCAACAUGGACUUCCUUCUCUUACGCACUUCUUCUACCUAUGUUGAGCAUCUUUUCAGCUGCUUUCAGCAAGCUUGUAUCCCCCAGACCACUGGACCACUUCCCCUGCCAGCCCGCAAGGUGGGGGGGGGGCCUACAAGGAUUUGGGAAGGAGGUGUAUGUGGGACUCUGUCAGCUCCCAGGGCCCUCGCACAACCUUCCCAGAGCCCUUUAAGCGAGGAAAACCUGUUGGGUGUAAGGUGUAAGGUGCAAGUUUACCUGUGCUUCAUUUGUUACCAUAAACUGUUAACUUUGUGUAAAAUGGGAUGGAGCUAUCAGAGGACUCUGCUGUAUUAGUAAAGAAACAGCGAAUGGAACACGCUAUAAACAUGCAACACCAGAUGGCGCCCGAGAGCAGGAAAUUUUAGAACCCCGUUUUACAUAGAGAUUUUUUUCUUAUGUUGAAACGAUCUCAUUUCUGUCUUAUUUAUGGCGUUUCCCUUGUGUUUAUAUCCACCCAAACAAAGUUCAUAUUUUCAUGGCGCAACCAUGGCAGAAAUGUUCAGGGCUGCUUUUAGUGAAACUCCCCGUUGAAACAUGGCAACUACCUGUGAACAUUGCAUAUAGAAGGGAAUAACUCUUCGCUUUUUUAGUGUAUAAAUAUUCAUGGUGCUGAAGAAAUCUGGAACAUAUUUCCUGUCACAGCUGAACUUUUAAAUGAGGCUAGAUAGUCAUAGCAGUUGAGAGAUUAUAUUAUCUAAAUUUCUUUUUCUAUUCUAUUUGGGAUGUCAUACGUGGGAACAUUUUUUAAAAGAGAGAACAUCUUGUGCAUGACUCUUUUGCAGUUGCGUAACUUCUUGUGAUUUCCCACCACUUCUAUUUCUCUCUUCCCCUUCCCACCAUCCAGCUGUUAACUACUGGACGGACCGUCUUGCAUUUGUUGAAAUUCUCCUGAUUUACAAGUUGCUGUGUAUUUCCUCCCCCUGCCUUCCCCCAGUGUGUGUACUAAAUUGCAAUAAAAAGGUAAAGGGACCCCUGACCAUUAGGUCCAGUCGUGGCCAACUCUGGGGUUGCGGCGCUCAUCUCGCUUUAUUGGCCGAGGGAGCCGGCGUACAGCUUCCGGGUCAUGUGGCCAGCAUGACUAAGCCGCUUCUGGCAAACCAGAGCAGUGCACGGAAACGCCGUUUACCUUCCCGCUGAAGCGGUACCUAUUUAUCUACUUGCACUUUGACGUGCUUUCGAACUGCUAGGUGGGCAGGAGCAGGGACCGAGCAACGGGAGCUCACCCCAUUGCGGGGAUUCGAACUGCCGACCUUCUGAUCGGCAAGUCCUAGGCUCUGUGGUUUAACCCACAGCGCCACCCACGUCCCUGCUAAAUUGCAAUAUAUGGAUUUUAGAUUGUAAAUCUCUCCCAAGUGUUAAAUGCAUGGCAUGAAAGUUUAGUCAGGAGAGAACCCCGCAGCUUAACCCCUUCCCUUCCAGACCCCCUUCUAUCUCUCUUCUUUUGUUCCUUUGGAUUGUGUGUCUAUGUGCACACGCUCAUAAAAAUCUGGAAUGUUUCAGAAGCGAGCGAAUGCAGUGACUCUGAAUCAGGACAAGAUGAGCCACCUCUCCGACUGUUUAUCACUGAAUGUCUCACUUUAACUUUUUGCAGGUUUGGCAGUCAUAAUUGGCGUUGUGAUUGGCGGACUCGCACUGCUAUCAACUAUCGGGCUUGCCAUAUUCUGCACUAAGAGGAAGAAGUAGGUAUCUCUUGUUCUCAGAGGUUUUCGGCGCAGAUUAAAAUGUCCCAUUUUUUGCCAGAGGCAGACCCAGGUUUUAACAAAGUAUUGCAGGCUCCAAACCAGGGAACCCUGAAUGUUAUUCCUUUGUGAAGCCUUGAACGUGCUUUGAUCUCUUCCUACUUAAGAUGUGACCUGAGCUGUUAGAACUUGCUGUGCCGAUGGCAUCGGGGCAGAAAUCGCAGCAGGAAAUUUGUCGUCCUGGCACACACACUGGCUGCGUGUUAACAGGCGCAAGAGCUCUAUUUGCACACCUUAAGGCAGGAAUGGGCCACCUGUGGCCUAACAUAAAGUGCCCUCUGUAAGCAAUCAGUUCAGACCCCUGGCAGCCUCCCCCAGAAGUCCGUUUUGUAGCAGGAGGUGACUAGCAAUGAUUUUUAAGGCUGAAUUCUAACUGGUCCUCUUGAAGGACAAGUUCUCUCCCUGAGAUUUAUUUCUUAGUGCUUGAAAACUUGCCAAAACUGUUCCAACUUCUCUCUCCCAGUAAUGCCUGCUUGUUAUGAAUCAUUUCUUCUAAAAGUAAAUUUUUCCCUCAUUCCCUGGUUUAAGGGGACUACAAUUUAAUAUAGACGGUUGGUUGAACUUGAUGGUUUCCACCACAGACUUCUUGACCUCUCUUCAUACAAGUUUCCUUUUACCAACAAAUGCCACCCCCCCCAAAGCAACCCCCUUGGCUGUCUCGGUCAGAAUACAGUCAGGAAGGGAGAGACCCAAGUUUCCCAAUUCUCUUCUGCUUGUGGAAGUCACAUCGUGAUGAAGCAGUAGUGACUGUGAUUCAUGUCUGUAGUUUGCCCCCAUUCAGAGGCACUUGGGCCAAUGUCACGAAGACUUUAGCCUGUAUGAACUCUUAGAGUUCUGAAUCACGUUUAUUUUUAAGAUGUGUAUGUCUUCCCAUACUAUGUGAACGGGGAGACAUAUAAAGUGAAGUUACACCAGAGGAAAUGCUAAAAUUCGGGUGUUAUCUGACAGCAGCGUUUUUGCAGGGUGGCUAUUUCACAUGGUUCCCUUUGUGAAAAUAAAGUGGGAAAUUCAACGCUCCAUCUUGAGAUAUGUUAGGCUGGUGGCCAUGCAGCCCAAGGCCUUCUUAGCACAGCCCCCAUAACUGUAAAACUCCUUCCCUGUUAAGUUUGAUUGUAGCUGUUUUUAUUCCACAAAGCUACAGAUCAAAAGAAUCUUUAAUUGCAUCAGUCACUAGCCAUACCAAUAAAAUAAAAUAAAAUAAAAUGCACUAAAGAUAGGGGUAAAGGCUAUGCAAAAUGCAUUCUAGAGGUUUACAUCAAUAAUCAAAUAACAGAUCUUAUCCUAAUUGCACCUGCUAAACAAUUUGCAGUUUUUGCUGUCAGCUGGUUAUCUUCAAGUUCAAUUCCUCUCCCUUUGGCUGUUUUUAUUCCAUGAAGCUUCUGGGCCAAAUUGAGUGUUUUAUACUUGCUGUUGUCUUUGUUAAUAUAGUCAUACCUUGGAUCCUGAACGCCUUGGUACUCAGACAUUUUGGCUCCUGAACGCCGCAAACCCGGAAGUGAGUGUUCUGGUUUGCGAAUGUUCUUUGGAACCCGAACAUCCGACAGGACUUCCGAUUGGCUGCAGGAGCUCUUUUUGGGUGGCCGGGCAGAGAAUGCAAGUUUAUUUUUAACGUUUCUUGCUUUGUUUCUUCUUCCCCCCAGAAAAAAACAGGAAAACCAGACUCCAGCCAUAGGAGUGUAUAACGGUAACGUCAACACCCAGUUGCCUGGAAAGCAGGGCAUAUUCAAAAAGAGGAAAAAGAACGAGUCUCAUAUCUAUGCAGUUAUUGAUGACACCAUGGUUUAUGGGCACUUGCUGGACGACUCUAUGAAACCAGAAAAUGCCGAAAUAGGCGUGUACCAACCUUUUACCGGGCCAGUGAGUACGGCCCCUUCGCCGCCUCCGAUCAGGAAAAUAUCCAAAGUGCCCAGCAUGGAGGAAUCCUCUUUCACGAUAUUGACUGACAGUGAGAUCUAUACCUUUGCACAACGCAAACCAGAAGAACUCCAGGCCAAUGGUGACGUGACUUCGAGUGGUAAUGGAAAUGUCGGCCAGUCCUUGCUUGAGGAAAACGAACAGGAAAAUUCAGAGCUCUAAUGUUUAUGCGACGGUUCAGAUAAACGAAAUCUUGCACCCAUUUUCCCUUGAUUUACCUUUUUCAAAAAGAAAAAAGAAAACAAAAUACUUUGGUUGCUGCAACUCUGUUCCGGUUUUCGAAUGAACGUGCUCAGACAAUGUAUUUCCGUAGCAUGUUUUGCAGGGAUACAAGUAACUUUGAACAUGGAAAAGGACAGCAAAGUGUUUUUUAAAAGGCAAGAAAGAUGGCACAUUGGAGCUUAAACAAAGCUGGAGAACUAGGUUGCCAAAAGUAUCUUCCUUCCUGUGUUUCUUGUGCAGAUUUCAGCCCAUACUACAGAAUAAAAAAUGCAGGUGUGCAGAAUGGCAUAGUCUGAAGAUGGUUUUUUCACACAGUAGCCUUGUCAUAGGAAUAUGACUUUUAUUAUUCACAUGGAUUCACUUCCUUGGAUAUGACGAGGAUUACACCAGUCCUUGAACGGACAAUGCCUACAACAACUGAACAGCAAAAGUUAUUGUGCUAUUUGUGAAAAAGUAUUCUACUUCUCUUUUCAGUCAGUUGUAUGGUGUGUGUGUGUAUAUAUAGUUCAGGACAUUUCAUUUUCUUUCUUUUUUCAUCUAUAAUUUUGUUGUGAUUGUCCUCCAGUGAUGUUUUUAAAACUAAGACCAGUGUGUCGUCCAGGUUCUUUUUUAUUUUUAUUUAAAUAAAAACAAUUAUUUAAUUUUUAUUCAUGCAUAUAACAUAGCAGUUUCCACUUUGCCAGCAAAUAUGCAAAUGAUAUAAUAUUGCCAAAGUUCCUGUGCAAAGAAAUGAUUAGUUCAGCACGAAUGAGGCUGCUAAUCUGCGCAACCCUUAUGGUGCAAAAACGAUAGACUUCAGUGUAAAAAAUUCAAAAUUAUUUAUGGGCUUGACCUUGAUGGAUGUUUGAACAAUGUUAUGCUCUGAAGACACGUGAAAGUAUGCAACUUUUAUGCAUAUGUGCAACCAGUGGCUAAGUCCUUGCCUUCAAAUAUAUAAGAACAAGGAAGACAACAAUGCCAUUUUCAUGGCCUGUACGAUUCUGGUUUUUGGCAAAAUAAAUUGCCCCAAGCCUAUGUAUUCAAGUGCCUAAAUUUGUGGGUAGGUGAGCCGCUUUGUGGAACAUAAAUAAUUUUUGCACACUGUGCUAGACUUCCAGAGAGGCGCCAGCUGGCUUAGUGUGAAUUAACUCUUGCAAAGUGACGAUUAAACAGAAUGCAAGUUAGGAAAGGAUGGAAGGGGAAAGUUUGCAUUUUUUUUGAUGACAUAACACUAUGUCACUUGACUGAAUACGAUUGCAGUACGCAGGCUUCACUCAGAAAUACUCAGUAGUUAAUACAGUGUGGGGAAACAUUUCUACUGGGCUUUGUGGCAGCUACUUGACAUUAGCAUUUCAUCUUUGUACAUAAGUGUUUGACUGUUGCGCAAGGCCUCUUGCAGAACUCCCAUUUACCUCAGCAGUUCUUGAGCAAGGGCUGCUUCUGGCAGCGUGUGUCUGUGGGCGUGGGCGUGUAUCACACGCAGAGUUUUAACUAGUCACAGAAAAAGGAUAAUAGUUAAAAUCCAGAAGGCUGUUUGGUGAUGUUGUGCGAGAGCAGUGGGGCUUCCUAGGGCUUCCUUCCCCAAAGAAGCUGCCUUAACAAGUUCAAGUUGCUCCUGGGACUCAGGUGAAAUAUCAGCAGUGACUUCUGUGCUGGCAAAAACGAGCAGCGCCUUGUAGUUUUACAAAGAACUUUUCUGGAUUCCUUCCAAGUAAUGCAUUCAGCAAAUUUUGUGCCACCAUAUAAAUUUGUACCACCCAGUUCUUUUCACUCUGUCGUUUAAAUGAGUAUAAGUUGAAGCCAGUAACUCCAGUUUCCAUCAUUAGCAUUUAAUUUUCACAUCAAUAGUACUUCUAGUCUGUGUAUUGGCUCUCAUCACUUAAAUUACAUACAGUAGUCAGGAUUUCUUUUUGCAGUUCAUUCUGUGGUCUGUGUGAAAUAUCUUGGCCUCGUGUUCACUGUUGGGCAUCUCCCAUUGCACGGUUGUGAAAUGGAUGAGGCUUGGGUCUCCGUAAACAUCAUUUUUGUAUGCAUAUAUCAUACGAAUUUGUCCUGGAAGGUUGGGCCUAUUUUAUAAAUGGGAAAGUAUGUUAUGACACUGGGCAUUGUCUUGCUAAAGUUGUGUAAAACCUCGUUUCCUGGCAGUAUGACUGUUUCUAAAAUAAUUUCCACCCCCCCCUCAGAGUUGUAUUUCUUGUAGCCUCUGUGAAUGCAGAACACUAUGCAAUAAAACCUUCAUGAGAAUUGCAGGCACAGACUGGGGUUGCAUAAUUAUCCCCCAAGUUAUUUGUUUUGAUGCCACUAUUUCUAUAUGCCCCUCAAUAACUUAUUCACUGUAUAGUCCUCUUUUUUUAAUGCUGCAUUUAAAGUGUUGUCUUACAAGAUGCUGUCAUUGUAAAUAUUUGUGACACCUUUGUACCUCACUGAAAUCCACAGUGUUCCUGUGCCACAGUCUUAAAAUGCUGUAAUUUUUUAAUUCCAGGCUGUUUGUUUUUUUUUAAAUAAAAUAAAAAUUCAUUUUCUGUGUUUAAUGGAGAGGGACAUGUUGAUGCAAAGGGGCUUUUUUUACAUGUCUGAGUUCUUCAAAACUGAAAUAAAAUGGUGUUUACAGUUAA